AACUAAUUUUUGGUUGUAUAAAUGUCAGUGUUUUGUACCUAUGUGUUUUAGAUAUGUCUGUGACUUCUGGUUUGUUUGAAAGAUGGGCUGAGGAGAAUAACAACAUCAUCAGAAAGUGGAAGAAAUAUGAAAUCCAGUUUCAGUCACUUCAGAACACGAGAAAAUGCUGUAAUGAAGAGUUACUUAAACUCCAUCUGAAAGUUCAAGGUGUACCAGCUCUCACAGAACAACUUCAACUUGAAAUCACUAUUUCAUUCAAUACUUUGAUAUUUUCUCUUGGUUACUCCACAUCAAAUGAGACAACUUGUCACCUCACCAAUACUCUAGUGAGAGCAUUGGAGGCUGUUGGCACACAGGAACCCACUUCUGAUUUGGUUACAUUAUGGCAGGUUGUGGUGCCGACAUUCAGGGGUACGGAAUAUGAACCCUGGAUCCAUAAGCUUCUGCUGGUUCAGUGGGCUCUAUGGCUAUCAGAGGGCCAGUUUGAAAAGAUCCUUCAUCUGCUUGUGCUCAUUAACCACAAAAAACAGAGCACACUGUCAAUGGAUCUGCUUGCAGAAACUCGAAACCUUGCCAUUUCCAUCCAAGAAGACACCUUGCUGAGUUCCGUUGCAGUCCAGGAUCUUAAGAAUAUUCUGCAUCUCACCACUUUUAUAUCCCAUGGAGUGGAGCAGAUGAAGAAGGAGAAGUAUAGUGAGGCACUUUUGGCUUUUCAGGAAGCCAUUACUCUACCUUCACCCAGAGCUCUCUUGGCUCAUGUUUACACUCUUAUAGGCCUAAGCUUUGCCAAGCUGCACCAGCCCCAGAGUGCCCUCCAAUCUUACAGAAAGGCUUUGGAAGCGGACUUCAACUGUCAAAAAGCACUUUAUCAGAGCUCACUGGUGUACAGAAGUCUAGGCAACAGUAAUGCUGAAAUAGAGGCUGUACGUCUUCUACAUUCUGCUUCACUUUUGCACGCUGAGAGAGAUUCAUCAGGUACAUCGGCCCUCCUUGUAUCUCCUGAUAUGCUGCUAGGUAGUGAACAAAUGACCUUCAUCUGCCAAAUUCCCUCCCCUCUUCAUAUAUUGCACACUCUGGGACAAAGAUGUGUGCUCAAUGACAGGAAUUCAGAAGGUGCUGAAUACUAUCUGGAUCUUUUGGCUUAUUUACAGUCAGACUCCAAAGAACAUAUACCUACAAAGGAUGGCCUGCUCUUUCCAAGACUUCCUGUGGUCUAUCUUGAAGCAGCGUUUGCACUGUUAAAGGCCCAAAGGUUUUGGGAUGCCAUUGCAAUUUGUGAUGAGGUCAUUGCUAUGACUGUUGACCUCAUCCCAGAGAUGCUGGUGAUCAAGAUACCCAUGGAAGCUUCCAGUGAACUCUCGGCUCUGGCUCUGGAACCUGAUGACCCAGGGGAAAAGUUAGAGUGUGUUCUCUGGUCUGGUGCUGCCUACCUCCUCCAAGGCCAGGCCUAUUUGCAGCUCAAUGAUACGAAAGAGGCUUUGACCAGCUUUACCAGAGCUAUCAAUCAUCUGGUGAAAGUGCAUAUUAAACAGAAAGAGAUGGAUUCAGUAGAGACAGGAGACAUGGACCUUAAUGUGGUGGUGCUGAAGGCUUUAAAGGCAAAAGUGCUUGCAGUCAGAGCUGUGUGUUUUGCUGAGAGAAGCCAGUUGAAGGAAGCUUUAAGGGAUUUUCAACUCAGUCUUCAGGUCUUACCAGGGUGUAAGAAUACAGGGAUGUGGCUGGUAGAGAUAUUGUGGAGACUGGACCGCAAGGAGGAGGCCACAGUUAUAUGGAGACAAAUUCAUAAUUCUGCACAGUCACCUACAACACUAAACCUGCCCUUGUAUCUUCAAACAUGGCAAGAAGAUGCUAUCUGUUUUGACAAGAGCAACCUGAUUAAGAAAAUGGAAGAAUUCAUUCAAAGUAGUGUGACAGAACAAUAACGUUCUGAAAUACUUCUACCUCUAAAUAUGUCCGUAUUUUCUUUUGCUUUACAUGAUUUAUUUUAUCUCUUGCACUGUAUAAUAUGUGUACAUAAAAAUACAUUUUAUUGGAAUUGAUUGAGUUUAUUACAGUCUGGAACACAAUUAACAAAUUUUUCAAAUACCACUUUUUAAUCAACCGAAAUACAGUAACUACUUACAAAUUCUGUAUUUGUGGGGUUAAUGUGGGUUGAUUUAAAAUCUAAUUUUAUUGUCUUGUUACUAUUUAUAAUAUGAACUUCAUGUUUUAAUGCUUCCAAAAGCAUGCUCGUGGAAGUACCUGGUACUCCAAGCUGUCUUACAGAGGUCUACUAGUUGCAUAUAUACUACACAGCAGUGUUCCUGCUUUACAACCCCUGUUCCCUUGACAAGCACAGGAUCUACUGUAACCAAGAUGAAGCGGCUACUUCAGAUUAGGGAUGCAUCGGUACAAUUUUUUCCCAACCGAGUACAAGUACAUGUAUUUUUAUACUUAACGAUACCGAUACCAAUACCAAUACCUAUUUAAAAUGAUGGAGUUAAUGAGUUGGAGGUUAAUAAAUAUUUUUGCAAUGUU